AUGAUAUCUGUCAAAAGAAACACUUGGAGAGCUCUGAGUUUAGUAAUAGGUGACUGCCGGAAAAAAGGGAACUUUGAAUUUUGCCAAGAUCGCAUUGAGAAGCAUUCCACAAUGCCAGACUCACCUGUGGAUGUGAAGACACAAUCCAGGCUGACUCCCCCAACAAUGCCACCUCCUCCCACAACCCAAGGAGCCCCAAGAACCAGUUCCUUCACGCCCACAACGUUAACCAAUGGCACAAGCCAUUCACCAACAGCAUUGAAUGGGGCUCCGUCUCCACCUAAUGGCUUUAGUAAUGGGCCUUCCUCAUCGUCCUCAUCCUCUUUGGCUAAUCAGCAGUUACCACCAGCUUGUGGAGCUCGGCAGCUAAGUAAACUGAAAAGAUUUCUUACAACUUUACAGCAGUUUGGCAAUGACAUUUCACCAGAGAUUGGGGAGAGAGUGCGCACCCUCGUGCUAGGACUUGUGAAUUCUACUUUGACAAUUGAAGAAUUUCAUUCCAAACUGCAAGAAGCUACUAACUUCCCACUGCGACCUUUUGUCAUCCCAUUUUUGAAGGCCAAUCUGCCCCUGCUGCAGCGGGAGCUCCUGCACUGUGCAAGGCUGGCCAAGCAGAACCCCGCCCAGUACCUCGCUCAACAUGAGCAGCUGCUUCUGGAUGCCAGCACCACCUCACCUGUUGACUCCUCAGAGCUGCUUCUCGAUGUGAACGAAAACGGGAAGAGGCGAACUCCAGACAGAACCAAAGAAAAUGGCUUUGACAGAGAGCCUUUGCACUCAGAGCAUCCAAGCAAGCGGCCCUGCACUAUUAGCCCAGGCCAGCGGUACAGUCCAAAUAAUGGCUUGUCUUACCAGCCAAAUGGUCUGCCUCACCCUACCCCACCUCCACCUCAGCAUUACCGUUUGGAUGAUAUGGCCAUUGCCCACCACUACAGGGACUCAUACAGACACCCCAACCACAGGGACCUCAGGGACAGGAACAGACCUAUGGGGUUGCAUGGCACGCGUCAAGAAGAAAUGAUUGACCAUAGGCUAACAGACAGAGAAUGGGCAGAAGAAUGGAAACACCUUGACCAUCUCUUAAACUGCAUCAUGGACAUGGUGGAAAAGACAAGGCGAUCUCUCACUGUGCUACGACGAUGUCAGGAAGCUGAUCGGGAGGAACUUAAUUAUUGGAUACGGCGGUACAGUGAUGCAGAAGAUUUAAAAAAAGGCAGUGGUAGUAAUCAUUCCAGGCAGCAGAGCCCAGUGAAUCCAGAUCCAGUCCCUUUAGAUUCACAUCGGGAAUUCCUUCACAGGCCUGCUUCUGGAUAUGUGCCAGAAGAGAUCUGGAAGAAAGCUGAGGAAGCAGUCAAUGAAGUAAAACGCCAAGCAAUGACUGAGUUGCAGAAGGCAGUAUCAGAAGCAGAACGGAAAGCCCAUGACAUGAUCACAACAGAAAGAGCUAAAAUGGAGCGCACGGUGGCUGAGGCCAAGCGACAAGCUGCAGAAGAUGCACUAGCUGUGAUCAACCAGCAAGAGGAUUCUAGUGAGAGUUGCUGGAACUGUGGUCGUAAAGCUAGUGAAACCUGCAGUGGUUGCAACACGGCACGAUACUGUGGCUCGUUUUGCCAACAUAAGGACUGGGAGAAGCACCAUCAUAUCUGUGGACAGACACUUCAGGCCCAGCAACAAGGAGAGACACCAGCAGUCAGCUCCUCCGCAACACCCAAUAGUGGAGCUGGGAGCCCCAUUGAUACACCACCAGCAGCUACUCCUAGGUCAACCACCCCUGGAACCCCAUCCACCAUAGAAACGACUCCUCGCUAAGACUGAAUUUAGAACUUCUUAAAAAGCAGACAAAAAUACAAAACAAAAAAAUCCUCAUCCUCAGAUGCUCAAAAAUUUUUACUGAACUGUCAUAUUUCAAUACUUUAAAAAGAACUUAUAUACUGUACCUUGAGGUAGAAGUAAAAUACAGAAGGCCAGUAACGGGUCAUAAUGACUUCUUCUGGAAAACAAAGAUAUCUUUUCUUUAGGAAAUGGAAAAGAGCAGAUAAUUUAACACAAAAAUGGUAGAUUUGACCUCCUCCCUGUUAUUUUCCAGUAGCUGGGAUUUUAAACUAGAUGACCUCAUUAACAGAUGCUUUACCAAACAGCAAACCAAGAGAUUGCUAAUUGCUGUUGAAAGCAAAAAUGCUAAUAAUAAAAAGUCACAAUGUUCUUUAUAACAAUAAUGGAAAUUUUUUUAAACAUGAGAGAGAGAGAGAAAGAAAUAAAGGAAAAAAAUAAACCCUCAAGGGCAUGAGCAUUGGAUAAAGCAGCAGACAUUUUAAUAAGAAGAUGAAUAGCGUCCGUGGGUUACUGACUGAACUCUGAAGACCUGCAUCGAAACACGCAGAUGUGCAGCAGAUUGGAAAGAGACACAGAUGUUCAUUUUUUUCUUGUUUCUGAAUGAAAGAUAAUAAUAUCCAGGUCAACAGAAUGAAAAAUGGAAGAUGAUUUGCAGUGGGAUGUAGGACAUAAAACAGCAGCAAAAGGGAAAAAAAUAUUUUUGCCAUCGUACAAAUGGCUCCUCUUCUUUUCUGUUCUUUGUUUGGUUGUGGUUUUUUUUUCCCCUUUUAGUACAGAAAUAAGGACAGAGCCUGCAGUUAAUUAGCAUUUUGGCAGCAGCUACAUCAAGCAGCUGUCUCACCCCUCCCUCCCAAAAAAGCUUCAAAAUUUCCUUUACUUUUUUGCAAGGUUCCACAGAGUAAGACAAUCGGGUCUAUUUCCACCUCAUUCAUUUUUGUAUCAAUGAUGCAGAUAAUACGGUGACUCCAGCUCCCAAACCCUUCCAGAUUAUUUCCAUCCCAUCCUGUCUGGGUUUUUAAUUAAAAAAAAAAAAGAUUUAAAAUGGGGAAAAAAAUCUAGUAGUUCUCUUGGUGUUAAAACACUUCUGUCCUGUGAGGUUUCCCAAUGGUGUUUUUUCUUGUAAAUGUGUUGGACAAAUGUGAAGAUGCAUUGUAGUUAACCAUGCUCACAUUUAGUCUUCUUUAUUACUAGUAGGUGAGAGACCUGUAACUUUCUAUGCUGCUUUUAUAUCUGUAUGUAGUAGUGAUAUUUCUCUAGUAGUUAAAAAAGAGGAAAAAAAUCCCCCUUUUUAAUUUGUUUGUCCUCAAGAAAAGAAAAGGAAAAAAAGCUAUCUUUCGGAGCUGCUAUUUCACUCUGUUAUAGGGAAAAAAAAUAAUUUUUUUUUUUGGAACACUUAGCAUGCUUCCCGGAAUGCUAACAUAUUGGUGUUUUUGUAAGAGGGAUGUACAUAAAUGUAUUUUGCACUGUCACAAUGACUCCCUAGGCAUGCUUUUUUUAAUUAUUGGGCAAACUCUUUUUAAAGAUGCUAGAGCCAUUUCACCGAGUUUAUCUGUAGGAUAGAAUAGUGGUGGGUUAUUUUCUUAUUUUCCUUUUUUGUUUUUUGGGUUUUAUUUUGGUUUUGUUUUCAAAAUUCACUAAUAGGGAUCUUUUUAUAAAAAAAAAUAAAACAGGCUAUCAUAACUUUUUAAGGAAAAAGCAGUGCAUGAAUAUCACUGUAAGGUCGUUAGGUAUUUCUGAUUUUACAAAAGAAAAAUAAUGAUGAUGACGAUGAUUAGAGCUCCAUAUGCUGAGGUGUAGAUUGACAGCUUUAACACUGCUGAAUGCCAGGUUAUAUUACAGUAUUACUACUACUAUUACAAAAAAGGGAAGUCAGCCAAAGACUGAUCUGAUGGACCAAAAUCUGAAUUCUGAAAAGCACCAUUUUUACUUUCCAAAUGAUCAGCAGGUUAAACAUGUCCAGCAAAGGCAUAGCAUAUGCUCACUUAACCCUUCAUUGUCCAGGGUCCAGGCCUGAAGUACUUGUUAGUAAGUCACCCAAGAGAUGGUUGUGUGCUUUUCAGCCACGUAAGCAUAAUGCAGAUGUGCAGUGAAUGCCACUGUGGAAAACAUUUCUAAAUUCUGUUCUCUAGUCUUAAUCCAAGCACUGUCUAAGAGAAGAAAGUACUGGUUUUUGUGAGGUUUGCAUAAAAUUGCUUCGUUGGCUUUGAUACGGGGAAACUCGUUCAAAUCCCACAUCAGCUACAAGGAUCAUUGGUGGCCAUGAACAAGCCACUUUCAGUCAAACCUACCUCACAAGAUUGUGGUGAGGCUUAUCCUUGUUGUACAGUGCCUAGCUAUUUUUAGGUGCUUAGUAAAUGACAAACGGAACAUCAGGAGAAGGCCUUGAUUUCUAUGCCCUGUUCGUUGGCCCUCUAGGGUAACUCGUUGGCUGCUGUGUGAAACAGUUUGCUGGAGUAAAUGUACCGCUGAUCUGAUCCAGCAAUUCUUAUGUUUUUAAAUAUUUUUUAUUAAAAUGCUACUCUGAGCUUUUUGUAGGAAGGGCGGGAUACAAAUGUAAUUACUUCUACUAAUAAUGCAUAUCAGUUAUAAUAUAAGCAAGAAUAAUAAUCAUAAGGGGUCAUACAGUCUGUACAACCAAAGGUAGGGUGUUGUGUUGCCACAUUUUACCUUUCGGGCACAGCAGUUCUCCUCAAAUAUUUAGAUUUUUACUGAACUAUAACACUGGGGAUUGGAGAAGGGGUGACACAGUGCGUCAUCAGAGAAAACGAAUAUGCCUUUUUGUGGGGUGGAUAGAAUUGCCUAACUGCUGAGUGGCAUGGCUUUUAUGUCAGACUCUAGAGAUGGGUGCUUGCCCGCUCUGCUUGCCAGGCCCCCUGCCUUACUUGGAAAUCAAAAGCACAUAACCACCUUCUCAGACAAGUCCUGUCUUAUCAUGGUGCUCCCAAACUCAUUUGACCUCACUCUGGUUUUUGUUCUGCUUGCGACUCUGGACAGUUAUUUCCUCUAGAGCUAUUCUGUGUUCUAGAUUAUGAAGGGUUUAAUAAUCCAAAAAGAGAGAGAGAUUGAUUCUCUCAUAAUAAUAACUCAUAUGUCUCUAGAAGCUGUGAUGUAUGUGAAACAGCACUGUUGCUCUUGAACAUUAGUGUGUGAAAGAAGGAUUAGUACAG